AUGGCCGGCAUCAAGAGAACACGCAUCAUUUCUGCGCUGGUCAUCACUGUCAUUCUGAUUCUACUGUUCAAGAAGGGCGACGCGAACCCCCAAACAUCACAAUGGACACCCAAUUCACCACCAGAGCAGCCACUGGGCAGCUCGCCCAUCAAUCUCGACAUCCCUCCAGAUCACAUCGAGGUACCCAUCAUCGACAACAAUCUCGAGUUCCAGCCGCCACCAAUCCAAUCGCACGUCCUCCCCGACGCACAUAACCUCGCGACAGCCGACGACUUCAUCCCCCACUUUGCUGCCUUGACCAGUAUCAAGGGCAUCUCCCAGCGGGAAGCCCGCGCAUCAUGUACCUGGCCAGCGGGCAUGUAUGUCGAUUUUCAAUUCUCCGACUCUCUGCCGUGGGUUAUUGAAGAACGGCCGGUGCUUGAAAUUGAGCUGCGCAGACGCGAGUGGCAUGAUUUCGUCAAAAGCGGCAUGAUCCCAUACGCACGCGUCAAGGAUCGUUUCUCCGGGCGAGGGCUGGUCAUAGUCGCGGGCAACGCCGACACGGUGAUGCGCGUCAAAGUGAUAUUGCGUCAGCUGAAGAGGCUUGGGUCGACAAUCGCCAUUGAGAUUCACUACUGGGACACCGAGAUGAACAUGGGCGCUAUGGCAGAUCUCAAUGCCCUCUAUGAGCCGAUAUACUACAAUGACUUAUCCAAGGAUCAUAAUAUCGUGCAUAUCAAGAAGGAUGGGAUCUUUGGGAUCAACUAUCAGCUGAAGACUGCCGCACUGCUCAACUCGCGUUGGGCUGAGCCUCUGCUGCUGGACUCUGACAACAUUCCCAUGAUCGACCCAUCGAUUCUCUACGACUCGAUUCAGUACAGAGAAUACCACUCCGUAUUCUGGCCCGAUAUCGCUCGCACGCGUCCUCAGAACCCCGCCUGGGCCAUCUUCGACACGCCAUGCCGAAUGGCCGAGCACGAGCAGGAAAGCGGACAACUUCUGGUAGAUAAACAGCGUUUCUGGUACCAUCUUCAGCUUGCCUCUUGGCUCAACAACGAGCAGGGGAAAUAUUACAACGAGAUCCUGCUGGGCGACAAGGACAUGUUCCGCUUCGCGUGGCACGCUCUGCGGACAAUGUUUGGAAAGCCCAAGAAAUGGGUCACGAGUGUCGGAACGGAGAAUGAUGGCUUCUACUGCGGGCAUUCGUUCGCACAGCACCACCCAGACGAUGGCCGCGUCGCCUUCCUCCAUGGAGGGCUUGUCAAGACUGCAUCUCUCGAAGUCAUGAGGUGGAAUCGGGACGUUAAGGGCGGAUAUCUGCGGCAUUACAAGAGGGCGCUGAGCGAAGAGAGUCCCGAGGUGAAUGUCAACGUCGCCAUCAAAUUCGAUGGCGCUACAUACAUGCCUCAGCAAUCUGAAAAGUUUGUAGCGGCUCAAUGCACCGACAUGUUUGAUGUACAGGCUAGAGACCUGAACGAGAUUCUACCUGGGGUCGAGCAGACGUUCGGCGAAAUCGGUGGGUACUGGCAGUUGGAUCAGGAAGAUGCGACAAAGAUGGGCCAAUUUGGAUCUUUACCUGCCAGCUGA